AUGAGUAAUCCAGGAUCAGAUUUACAGGAAGCCAAUUUUCGAUCACGCAUUCUUCGGCACUUUAGCGAUAUUCACAGGCUUCAAUCACAUUUUAAUCAUUUGGUUAAUAGUACUGAAGGGAACCAAAAUGCUACACAAUCAGCUUCUGUUGCCACUGCUGCUGCUGCUGCUGCCACUGCCGCUGCUAUAGAUUCACAAAGUAUACCACCACCGCAAAUACGUAACUUAUCAAGAGAGCUGCCUGGCGGGUCUGGAGACGAAGACAUUUAUUUCAAUAAUUCCACCGAUGAUGAAGAAAAUCAGAGCUUUGAUGGGGAAGAACAAGAGGUGGUGUUUUAUUCCGAAGCUGAGGUUGGUCAAAAUAGAAAUGAAGGCAAUAUUGGUCGCGCUUCACAACAGAGCAUUGAACGACUGCUUCUUUCCUCAGCACGUCAGAAUACCACAAUCACUGCAACCGCCGCCGCCACUGCUGCUGCCACCGCCGCGUCGCAAAGUGCAGGCGCAAGUGCGAUUGAUUCCAUGACUACUAUUCCGUUGGGCAUGGGUAUUCCUUUGAGGCGGCAAAAUGCCAUUAGAAUUGGAAGCAUAUUGAAUAACGAGGAAGAAGCAAAUGACGAAAGCAAUAAAGACAGCAACUUGGUCAAAGAUAUACUCAACUCAGAGGCUCUGCAGUUGCAGAAAGAUUUGGUACAAUUGUAUUCCGACAUAGUAAAUAGUAGGCGUUUUCAAGGAGAAUCUCCGUUAUUCAAAAAAAGUAACAGCAUCAACAGUACAAAAUCCAGAAGUGAAAAUAGAACGACAUUUUUCCCCAGCUUUAGAGACCUUAUGCAAAUUGAUGGGGAGUCUGGUACUAAUAUAGAUUACAUGAUGGACUCGUUUUUGAAAAGGAGACGAGCAAGGCAGGUUCCACUUCCAGCAAACAAAUCACUAAGGACAACAACUGCACCACCACCACCAUCAUCAUCAAUAUCAUCAUCAGCAGCAGCAGCAGCAAGAACAACAACAACAACAACAACAACAACAACAGCAGCAGCAGUAGCAGCAGCAGCAGCAACAACGUCAUCAUCAUCAUCAUCAUCAUCAUCAUCAUCAUUAUUGCUGCCACCACCAUUGCCCCCGCAAACUAAAAGAAGGGCCCGUGGAGCAGGGCCGCGUGAGCAAACGCAAAAGAAACAAAAAACUACAAAUACCUGCAACAAUAAGGAAGCUAUUUCAUACACUAGAGACAAGUCGGCUUAUAAUUAUCCCUAUACUGAGAUUAGUAGAGACGUACUUGCAAGCGGUCUCCCCAAUAGUAACUUUCACAGUGGAUCUUGUUAUAUGUUGUAUUUUGAUCGGAAGGAUGAAGAUGAUAUGUUUUUCCCGUACUGGACUGAAAGUAGAAGCUUUGUGCAUUUCAAUCAUGUGGGAACAGAUGUAUUGGGCACAUUUAAUAUUGGAUCGUGGUGUCGUCACCAAGACGAUUCACCUAUCAUGAGCUUCUAUUAUUUCAUAAAUUUUAUUUGGGGCACCUCAACACAAAAAUGUUUGGUGGUAAAUAAGAGUUUGAAUAGGAAAUUUAGUUUACUCGAGACACUUUUAACAGACGAUAGCAUUGAAUUCAAAAUAUCCGAUAAUAGCUUUGCCAGUGUUCCGUUUGCAGGAAAGAUUAUAGAUUUCAAGAAUUAUGAUUUGAGAUUCGAGAAAGAGAGAAGCAAGCUAUUCCCUCGCAUUAACUCUAGGAGAAUAAAGUUUCAACUACUAGAGUGGAUGACGAUAAAUCCGUUUAUUCAGUUUAAAGAGGAUUUUUUCUACAACUUUUUGAAAAGCCUCAAUGAGGACUUGCAAAACUUUACGGACCUGAAAAUAAAGAGAUCACGCAAAUCAGAGGCGUUGCACUUAACUAGAGAGUUCAAAACCAACUUGGAUGUGUUAACCAAAGGAUUUAGGUAUAUGGAGAAAGCUAAUGUUCCCAAGGCUACGGGACUCAAUGGCCGCUUAGGCCAAAAACACUCUGAAUUAUUUCUUGAGGAUUGGGAAAGGAACCUCUCAUUUAAGCUAGCCAAGCUAUUAACUGAUGACGAAUGCACCACAAUCAUAAAUAUCCAGUUAAACUAUACGUUGUUUACAAUCACCUUGAACAUAUCUGAACUUGCUGAUUCUUUAAUCAACUUUCUUUUAUGCCAGGCAUCUCCGGAAUCCGUGAGUGAAUACAAGAGGAAUUACGAUGAGCUUUGCUUUAAUGAAGUGCCAAGGGGAGAUGAAGUUCACCGGGCAACGUUGCUUUGUUCGAUUCACAAAAAAUCGGGUGCCCUAGAAAUACACAAUACCUUUACUAGCAUCUUUGACAAGCUGUACCUUUGCUCACAUGGAAUUGGAAAUCAAUAUUGCAGAGAAAGAAGCAGCUACGAUAAAAUAUGGGGAAAAGUCAUUUCAAACUGGCCCGUUUGUGAAUCGGUAUAG